AUGUUAACUGGAGAGGUCCCAAAGGGAGGAGCUUUUGCAACACUUGAUGCCUCUGAAAUUAUGGGAAAUCUCGGCCUUUGUGGUGGAUGGAUAAACUUGCCGCCAUGCUCUCAUUCCAAACACAAAGAGACAUCUGUCUCCAAAAAGGUAAUAAUUCCUGUUGUAGUCGGCAUUGCAAUUUUGACCAUGUCUCUUCUAUUGGUAGCAUUUUCGUAUAGAUGGAGACGUUCUUGUACCCCUGCUCUCAAAGUAUGGCCUCCAAAAAUUUCAUAUGAAGAACUAGUAGAUGCAACUGGCGGGUUCAGUGAUGAAAAUCUUUUAGGAAUUGGUAGUUUUGGAUCAGUUUAUAAAGGGAUUCUAAGAGAUCGUACAAAUAUUGCUGUCAAAGUUCUCAAGUUGCAAGAUGAACAUGCUCACCAAAGUUUCAGCAGAGAAUGCAAUGCAUUAAAGAGAGUUCGGCACCGCAAUGUAAUUAAAAUCAUUUCAUCAUGUUCCAACCUUGAUUUUAAAGCCUUAAUUCUUCCAUUAAUGUCAAAUGGAAGUUUAGAGAGGUGGUUGUAUCCUCGUGAAGGAGGCCAAUGCAAAUUAAAUUUGAGUGAUCGAUUAAGGAUAUCAAUGGAGAUAGCACAAGGAAUGGCCUAUCUUCAUCAUUAUUGCUUUGUUCAAGUGAUCCACCGUGACCUCAAGCCCAACAAUGUUCUAUUAGGAGAUGACAUGAUUUCAUACAUAGCAGACUUUGGCCUUUCCAAUAUUAUUUUUGGCAAUUCCAUGGAUUCUUUGACUUCUACAGAUGCACUUAAAGGAUCUGUUGGCUACAUUGCUCCAGAAUAUGGAAUUGGUGGAAAUAUUUCAACAAAAGGAGAUGUAUAUAGUUAUGGAAUCUUAAUUUUAGAGUUGUUGACAAGGAGGAGACCAACAGAUGAUAGGUGGACAGAAGGAAUCAAUCUACCAAAAUGGACAGAAAUGCAUUUUCCAAAUAGAAUCUCAGAUGUGGUGGAUAAUUGUCUUCUUAUAGAUGCUCAUGACUCAGAGAUGUCAACAGUGAUGGAAUGCCUUACUCAAUUUAUACAAAUUGGGUUGUUUUGCACAAGGGAGUCACCUCAAGAGCGCCCUGAUAUGACUGAGAUAGUUGAUAGACUAAAUACAAUCAGAGGUGCAUUUCUUGAUACCCCUAAAACUCUUCAAUUACCAAUGGAUAUCUCACCUUUUAUUAAUGAUGAAAGAAAUAUAAAUACCAUUGAAUUAGGAAAUAGGGGAAGUUGGUCUACAUCUACAUCCUAA